AUGGAUGCUGAUGCAGAUGACUUUAGGCCUCUUUUGAGGAUAAAUGUGGUUGAGAGGUCCUUUGAAGGAUCGCUGAACUCAUCAGCACUCCCACCGCAGCGCCCGACAGUUGACGAUGAUUUAAUUGGCGACGAUUUGAAUGAUUAUGAGAACGAUGAUGAAGAAGACCGUGGAACGGCAUUAAAAUCAGGAUACUCCUUCUCGGACGGAACUAAUUUCUGUUAUGGUAAAAAAAUCAUCGAUAAGAAAGAGCUAAAAAUUCUACUAGACGCAGCAGCGGCGAGGCAGUCUUUUGAUUAUUAUAUAGAGAAGAGCUGCACGAAAUUGAUUAAGUACGAGACCUCGGACAGAUUUUGCAUAUACAAGUAUAUCGGGUUGCACGCGUGCGGGGUUAAACAUGCCACGCGCAGACACAAGAAAGUCUCAUCCGAAUUGAUUGUUUCAGUAUGCGUAAAUCACUUUCGGGAUGGUAAGGGUCCAAGCAUAAGAGAAAUUCAAAAGAUUGUGUUUAAGGAGUUGCAUUGCAACGCAAGCUAUUGGAUGUGUUGGAAAGGAAGUGUAAUUGCAAAGAACAUCAUUCACGGGACACCGGAGCACGGAUAUGCUUGCUUACCGACUUUUUCCUACAUGGUGGAGUUAUUGAAUCCCGGGUCUUUUUACUCUAUUAUGGUAAACCGGAUAGAUGGAUCGUUCGUUUACUACUUCUUAGCAUUCGGAGCUUGUAUACGGGGAUAUGCCCAUAUGAGAAAGGUAAUUGCCUUUGAUGACACAUAUUUGUAUGAAAAGUACGGGGGCGUUCUGUUGAGUGUCGUUGCACAGAACACUGAAAAUCAUAUCUUUUUGAUUGUCUUUCGUGUGUUCGAUAAAAAGAACGAUGCUUCUUAG